AUGACCAUCUCGCCAGUACUCCAGUAUGUCGUCGUUGUCAUCAUGAUCAUUUUUAUUGCUCAGAGUAUCAUCGGGAAUCUGAUGGUCAUUCUGGCGCUAACGCUGUGUCCGAGUCUACGGAAACGCGAGAACGCCCCCUUGGCGAGCCUCAGUGUCUCGGACAUCCUCUUCACCGCCCUCCACCCUCCAAUGUGGGUCAACGUGCUGUUAAACCCCGAGUUCCGCCUACCCUGGGGCCUGUGUGUCCUCCAGUCGUACACCGCUCCGGUACUGUGGGGCGUGUCGCUGUGCCACAUGGGAUGUAUCGCCGUGUACAGGUAUUUCCGGGUUAUCCACUUCCACCGCUUUCCCGCCAUGACAUCCACCAAGGCAGUGUGUGCUGAGGUUGCCCUGGCUUGGUUGGUUCCCGUGUUAGCGUUCAUCGCGCCACAUGUACAUCCUGUGGACAACGUUUCCUACAGCCAAAAGCUGAAGCGGUGCGCGGCUGUACGGAUGAUCAACACCCAGGUGAAGACCACUUUGGCAGUGGGGUUUGACUUGUAG